UCCGAAGCCGGACACACUUAGAGGAAGGACAGCGGCUUUGAAAAGGGAAUAUUUAACAUCUAGGGAAUCUGUCACCGCUAGCCUGGACAGUCCGUCGCUUCUCUGCCCAUAAAGACAGCGAGUCUCACCCGACAUACAGAUAAUAGCUUCGGUGUAGUUGCGGGGUGCAAUGGAGGAUGGGAAGCCUGUGUGGGCGCCCCACCCAACCGACGGGUUCCAGCUGGGCAUGAUAGUGGACAUCGGUACGGAUGCGCUCACCAUAGAACUUCUCAAUCAGAGAGGAAAGACAUUCCUGGCUCCUAUCAAUCAAGUCUUUCCUGCAGAGGACGAUGUGAACAAACAUGUUGAAGACAACUGUUCUCUUAUGUAUUUAAAUGAGGCUACUCUUCUGAACAACAUCCGUGUCCGUUACAGCAAAGACUUGAUCUAUACGUCUGUGGCUAACAUCUUGAUUGCCGUGAACCCAUAUUUUGACAUCCCUAAACUCUACUCCCCAGAGACCAUUAAGAGCUAUCAGGGACGCUCUUUGGGGACACUUCCCCCUCAUGUCUAUGCUAUCGCGGACAAAGCCUAUAGAGACAUGAGAGUUCUGAAGAUGAGUCAGUCCAUCAUUGUGUCGGGUGAAUCUGGUGCUGGAAAAACAGAAAACACAAAGUUUGUUCUCAGGUAUUUGACCUCAUCUUAUGGAACAUGUCAAGAUAUAGAUGAGAGGAUUGUUGAGGCCAACCCCUUGCUUGAAGCUUUUGGAAAUGCAAAGACGGUCAGGAAUAACAACAGCAGCCGUUUCGGAAAGUUUGUGGAAAUCCACUUUAACGAGAAGAAUGCAGUUGUGGGCGGAUUCGUCUCGCACUAUCUGCUGGAGAAGUCUCGGAUUUGCAUGCAGAGCGCAGAAGAGCGAAACUAUCAUAUAUUUUACCGACUUUGCGCAGGGGCGUCGGAGGACAUCAGGAACAUGCUUCACCUCAACUCUCCAGAUAGCUUCCGGUAUUUGAAUCGCGGCUGCACCCGAUACUUUGCAAACAAGGACUCUGAUAAACAGAUCAUGCAAAACAGGAAAAGUCCAGAGGAUCAUAAGCACGGGAAAGUGGGUGCCCUGAAGGACCCUUUGCUGGAUGACCUGGGAGAUUUCAACAGGAUGGUGGUGGCCAUGAAGAAAAUCGGCCUGGAUGACACAGAGAAACUCAAUCUCUUCAGAGUGGUGGCUGGCGUCCUUCAUCUAGGCAAUAUCGACUUUGAAGAGACAGGAAGCACCUCUGGUGGCUGCAUUCUGAAGAACCAGACCAGUCAGACGCUGGAAUACUGCGCCGAGCUCCUGGGCCUGGACGAGGAUGACCUGAGAGUCAGCCUCACCACCAGGGUCAUGCUCACCACUGCAGGGGGCGCCAAAGGAACAGUCAUCAAGGUGCCUCUGAAGGUGGAACAGGCCAACAAUGCCCGUGAUGCCCUCGCCAAAGCCAUUUACAGCCGGCUCUUUGAUCAUGUGGUCAAACGGGUCAACCAGUGCUUCCCCUUUGAUACGUCCUCCAACUUCAUCGGCGUGCUGGACAUCGCUGGCUUCGAGUAUUUUGAGCACAACAGCUUCGAGCAGUUCUGCAUCAACUAUUGUAACGAAAAGCUGCAGCAGUUUUUUAAUGAACGCAUUCUGAAGGAGGAGCAAGAGCUGUAUCAGAAAGAAGGCCUGGGAGUGAAUGAAGUUCAUUAUGUUGAUAAUCAGGACUGCAUAGAUCUGGUCGAGGCAAAGCUGGUGGGUAUCUUGGAUAUUCUGGAUGAGGAGAACCGUCUUCCCCAGCCCAGUGAUCAGCACUUUGCAGAGGCGGUUCACAGCAAGCACAAAGAUCAUUUCCGUCUCACUGUGCCCAGGAAGUCAAAGCUUACAAUCCACCGGAAUUUGAGAGAUGAUGAAGGUUUCAUGAUAAGGCAUUUUGCUGGCGCCGUGUGCUAUGAGACUACCCAGUUUGUGGAGAAGAAUAAUGACGCCCUCCACAUGUCUUUGGAGAGCCUCGUGUGCGAGUCGAAGGACAAGUUUGUCCGGGAUCUCUUUGAGAACAACUCAAAUUCCAAGGACUCAAAGCAGAAGGCUGGCAAACUCAGCUUUAUCAGUGUGGGAAACAAAUUCAAGACACAACUGAACCUUCUACUGGAAAAGCUACGCAGUACGGGCUCCAGUUUUAUCCGUUGUGUGAAGCCUAAUCUGAAGAUGGUGAGCCACCAGUUUGAAGGAGCUCAGAUUCUGUCUCAGCUGCAGUGCUCAGGCAUGGUAUCAGUGCUGGACCUGAUGCAGGGUGGCUUCCCCUCCCGAGCUCCGUUUCACGAGCUUUACAACAUGUACAAACAGUACAUGCCCAACAAGCUCACAAGGCUUGAUCCUCGGCUCUUUUGCAAAGCUCUGUUUAAAGCACUUGGCCUAAACGCGAACGAUUACAAGUUUGGCUUGACCAGGGUUUUCUUCCGCCCCGGGAAGUUUGCAGAGUUCGACCAGAUCAUGAAGUCUGAUCCGGAGCACCUGGCCGAGCUUGUAAAACGGGUCAAUAAGUGGCUGGUGUGCAGCCGCUGGAAAAAGGUCCAGUGGUGCACACUGUCAGUUAUUAAAUUGAGGAACAAAAUGAGCUUCAGGGCAAGUGCCUGCAUCAAGAUUCAGAAGACUGUUCGCAUGUGGCUAUGCAAAAGAAGACACAAGCCUCGCAUUGAUGGCUUGGUGAAGGUGAAAAAUUUGAGGAAAAGGAUGGAGAAAUUCAACGAAGCUGUAAAUGGACUCAAAGAGGGAAAACAGGAAAUGAGCAAACAGGUGGAAGAACUGGCCGCCUCCACCGAUGCCCUCAUGGCCAAGAUUAAGUCUACAGUGAUGAGCCGCAAGGAUAUCGAGCAGGAGUAUGAGGGCCUGGUCAAACGCUCGGAGCAGCUCCUCUCCUCGAUGCAGAAGAAGAAGCAGGAGCAGGAGGAGACGGAGAGACUCAAGCGCAUCCAGGAGGAGAUGGACAGAGAACGAACGAGACGUGAAGAAGAGGAGCAGUUACGCAAACAGGAGGAAGAAGACCGCCGCAUGAAAGCCGAGAUGGAGCAGAAGAGGAAACAGGAGGAAGAGGAGAGAAAGAAAAGAGAAGAGGAAGAGCGAGUCAUGCAGGCCGAACUUGAGAUGCAGCUGGCAUUGGAGCGGGAGGAAGAGACACAGAGACAGACCGUAUUUGAGCAGGAGAGGAGGGACAGAGAGCUGGCCAUGAGGAUCGCUCAGAGCGAGGCAGAACUCAUCCAGGAUGAAGCUCAAAUGGACCCCAGCUUGCGCAGGGGUGCACAGGUGCAGGCCAAUAAGGUGGCAGCUGGGGUGAAGAAGUACGACCUGAGCAAGUGGAAGUACGCUGAGCUGCGAGACGCCAUCAACACCUCCUGUGAUAUAGAGUUGCUGGCAGCGUGCCGAGAAGAAUUUCAUCGUCGUCUGAAGGUGUACCACGCCUGGAAAUCAAAGAACAAGAAGAGAAAUACAGACACAGAGAUGAGGGCUCCAAAAUCGGUCACUGAUUAUGCUCAACAGAAUCCCGCUCCACCCGUCCCAGCCCGGCAGCAAGAGAUCGCAAUGAACCGACAGCAACGUUACUUUCGCAUUCCCUUCAUUCGACCCGCGGACCAGUACAAAGACCCCCAGAACAAGAAAAAAGGUUGGUGGUACGCUCACUUUGAUGGGCCCUGGAUCGCCAGGCAGAUGGAGCUUCAUCCAGACAAGCAGCCCAUCCUCUUGGUGGCAGGUAAGGACGACAUGGAGAUGUGUGAGCUGAGUCUGGAGGAGACCGGGCUCACGCGAAAACGCGGAGCGGAGAUCCUCCCGCGCCAGUUUGAGGAGAUCUGGGAGCGCUGCGGCGGAAUCCAGUACCUGAGGAACGCCAUCGAAAGCAAGCAGGCCCGACCCACCUACGCCACCGCCAUGCUCCAGAACCUUCUCAAGUGAACAUCCACCGUUUCACCGUUUUCACUCUUGGUUUACAUUAUCUGUGCACGUGUAGAUGUAGACGGUAAAGUGGGGUAGCUAAAACAAAGGGCUAACACAACUCUAGUGGAAGCAGUUGCUGUCUAUUUUUCUUUUUGUUUGUAGUUUGUUCUUCAUUUUUGCUGUGAACUUAGAGACCAGUCUUCAUACAAAUCUGAGACUUGCUUGAACCUGUUGCUCAGAGAUGCCUUAAGAUUUUCAGACCUAUUCAUGUUUCAAAGGGAUGUUAUUGAAAUAUCGCACUCGUGUAAACCUACUCCUGUAUCUAAAAUCUUUGUAAAAGGACAUAUUUCAGUAAAAUGGUGUUUUAAAAAGUGGCAUGGGUUUGGGGUCAGUACUAUCUAAAAGAAAUAGUGCUGUUUUACAGUUAAUAGCAUCCAAGUUUUUAUUAACAUAAUGUUUGUGUGUGUGUACUGUGUAUAUUUAUUAUGUGUAUAUAUAGAUAUACACU